AUGUGCAAGGUUUGCCAGUCAUUGUUUUCGCCAGACGAAAACCGUUUUUCAAAAAACCUUACUCUUAAGUGUCCUCAUUGCUCCCAUUCGCUAACACAUAAGAAAGACAGAAAGCACUUUGUCAUACAUAAGUGUGUGAAUCCCAAAUGUCCCUACUAUCUCCAUAACCUUAAAAAGGUGGAUAAGGCUGAUCUGAACGAUGGCUACGGAAAGAACAAAUAUAAACUCCAUUACAUCUACAGGGAAUUCACAAUCGACUUCUUCAAGAUGGAUAUAACCUCACUCCCGAAGAACGCCUCAUCUCUCAGGUUCUCAAAACACAACGCCUAUAUCAUGUCGCUGUGCCUGACGAUGCAUGUCAACCUCGGUCUGUCUCUGCGUAAAACUUCUCAGGCUCUGAAGGACCUGUAUAACAUCUCUGUCUCCCAUCAGAUGGUUGCGAAUUAUUGCAAAACCGCAGCCCUGUGCAUAAAGCCAUUCGUUGAUACAUAUCCCUACGAAAAAGGGAAUGUCUUCGCCGCCGACGAAACCUACAUAAAAGUCCGCGGGAUCAAGGGAUAUAUCUGGUUCAUCAUCAACGCUGCGACUCGCGCCAUUAUCGGCUAUCAGGUAUCGGACAACCGCGGCGUGGGUCCCUGUAUCAUGGCCAUGCGCAUGGCCUUCCAGCACCUAAAGGAACUGCCUGAAAAUUUCAGGUUCAUUGCCGACGGUUACAGCGCUUAUCCGCUCGCGGCACAGCAGUUCUUCCACCAGUUCGGCGAAAAAUUCAGGUUUGAGAUCACCAAGGUAAUCGGCCUUACAAACGAUGAUGCCGUCUCCAAAGAAUUCCGUCCUUACAAGCAGAUGAUCGAACGCUUAAACCGUACAUACAAAGCCUCUUAUCGCCCCACAAACGGAUUCGAUGGCUAUGACGGCGCGAAUUACAAUCUCGCUCUCUGGGUAGCGUACUAUAACUUCCUGCGUCCCCAUAAACUCCAUCAUUAUCGGCCGCCGGUUGAUGAUCCUUCCAUCAAGAACAUCGACAGCAUGCCCGGUAAAUGGCAGCUCAUGAUACUCUUUGGUCAGCAGACCAUUCUUGAAUUGCAGCAACAGUCUUCUGCAGAAAAAGGAGCGGAACCGGUGUCAAGGGAACCGUGGAAUACCGCAGCGGCAACGCCGCGAGGAUAUGCCGCGAAAGGCCCUUGA